CGCCUCCUUCCCUCCGACCACGACGUUCCCCGCGGCUUACUCGACAACAUGAGGUCCCCUGCUUUACUGCUUGCGACCACGGCCGCGCUGUACCCUGCGUAUGCAUUCCAGCUGCCGUUCAACAUCCCUUUCUUCGGCGGAUCACAGACACCGCUUACCGCCCCUCAACUCCCGGACACGGAUACGACAGUGCCCAACCGCAUCGCCAUCAUUGGUGCGGGCGCGGGUGGCUCAUCUGCGGCGUUCUGGAUUGCGAAGGCGAAGGAGCGGCAUGGACUAGAGGUGGAAGUGGACGUGUAUGACAAGAACGCGUAUGUUGGUGGACGAAGCACCACCGUGUUCCCCUAUGAGGAUGAGAACCUGGAGGCGGUUGAGUUGGGCGCGUCCAUCUUCGUGAAGGUUAACAAGAACCUGUGGCGCGCCGUCGACGAGUUCGGUCUCGAACGCGUCGACUUCGAGAGAGAUGACGAUGGCGACGACACCAUGGGCAUCUGGGACGGCCACGAAUUUGCCUUGACAACUAGCGGUGGUAGCUUCUUCAGCGACUGGCUGAACAAGAUCAAAAUUAUUUGGCGGUAUGGAUACAAGGCCCCUUCGAAGACGCAAGAAUUGGUCGCGACGAUGGUCGGCAUUUUCCAAGGGCUAUACAGCUCAGAAUCUCCUCGAUGGUCGAAUAUCUCCUCGGUCGUCUCGGACCUGGGCUGGUCAGAUGUCACUGCGCAGACGACUUCUGAGUACUUCGACUUGCAGGGCAUCGACAGGCGCUGGACCAGGGAGUUGGUCGAGGCCGCCACUCGCGUCAACUACGGACAGGCAAGCGCGCGUAAUGCGGAUAAGAUACACGCUCUGGAGGGCCUUUGUUCCCUGGCUGCCAGCGGCGCCUCAAGCGUGAAAGGUGGCAACUUCCGCAUCUUCGAGCACUUCAUUGCCGAGUCGAAGGCGUCCGUGUUUCUCAACACGACUGUCAAAGCCAUCUCCCAAUCUGAAGCGACCGGAGCUUGGGUCGUGGACUCGUCUGCGUUCAAGCAGCCCCGCGCAUACCGUUCCGUAAUUCUCGCAGCGCCCUUCCACCAGACGAACAUCGACUUCAAGGCCGCCGCCCUCGCCCCAGUCCCAGAGCAACCCUACGUCCACCUGCACGUCACGCUCCUCAGCACGUCGUCCCCCUCCCCCAACGCGACGUACUUCAACCUCGCGCCCGGCACGAAGGCGCCCACGACGCUGCUCACGACGUACGAGGGCGUGCGCGUGCGCGGCGGCGCGGAGCCCGAGUUCAACUCGCUCACGUACCACGGGCCCGUGCGCGGGCAGGACGGCGAGGCGCGCGUGAACGUGUUUGGGGACAGGGAGUGGGUCGUGAAGAUCUUCUCGAAGGCGCGAUUGAGCGAUGAGUGGCUGGCGACGCUGUUCGAGGGGAAGGUAGGAUGGGUGCUGAGGAAGGAGUGGGAUGCGUACCCGGUGCUCCCGCCAACAAUCGAGUUCCCGCCUGUGAAGCUCGCGGAGGGCCUGUACUACGUGAACGCAUUCGAGCCGCUUAUCUCGACCAUGGAGACCGAGACAAUCGCGUCCCGGAACGUCGUCGACCUGCUCUUGCAGGAGCAGUUCAACGCAUCCAUCUGCAAGCCAUCAGCCGCCACGGACCUCGUAGAGGACGCACCCGCCCUCAAAGCCGAGCCCGCCGACUUCGUGCUCGGAUGGGACUGCUGAGCGCAGCACAGCCAUGUCCUAUGUCUUUCUGCCGAGCGCCCCGCCUCGGCGAGCUUGUUUGUCUGUUGUCUGGAUCUGCCCGUUAUGCUAGCGCUAUGAGACUAACCGUGUACAUUAAACAUUACCUGCCGCUUCCGCCGCGCUAACCUCGACUCGGCGACCUGAACCAUGCG